CUUCUGACGACAGCAACUGUUAUUGGUUGAAGCUAAGGAGCCUGGCUAUUGGCUGGAGUAGCCUCACAAAGACUCCUGGACUUUCGCUACAGCAGCCGCAGUCCUUGGUGGGAGCGGAGGUGCUUCACCAUUAGCAGGAUAGCAGCCAUUGACUGUGCUGAGUAAAUCUAUUCCAAAUCAACCAAAAAACCAACCCAAUUAUCUUCCACUGUGUCUGAGGGGCGAAGCUGAGGUGAGAGAGACCAGCAGACAGAGACAAUCAAGGUAUCGGGCCAGAGGGGGGCAAGUGACUGUGUUGUGUGCCCGCCGGCAGAGGCUGUUGAGGUGGGUGGCUGCUUCGGCCCCCAGCGGGAGAGAUGGCGCCAAAGAAAGAUUCUAAGAAGCGCCCCAAGAAACCCCAGUUUGAGGUCGGGGAGCGAGUGUUGUGUUACCAUGGGUCCCUGUUGUAUGAAGCGGAGUGUGUGAAGGUGUCCGUAAAGUACCGGAAGGUCAAGUACCUGAUCCACUACCCCGGGGGCAAUGAGAAGGGCGUUGUUGUGCGGACCCGCCUCUCUGAAAAACUGGCCAAGAUGAGAGCUCAGGAGGCCCAGAAAGCCGAGGCAGCCAAUAAGGCCCCCAAAGCUAGUGAAGUCCAUGAAGCCAGUAAAGGCAGUGAGACCCUUGAACCUGGUGAGGUCUCUGUAACAUGUGAGGUCCAUGAAGCUGAGGUCCAUGAAGCCAAGCCCCAUGAAGCUGCCACCCAAGUCUCUGAUGGAGCCACUGAGGUCCAAGCAAUCCCUCAGACUCCUAUAGCCCCCACGGCCCGUGCAGCGCGUAAGGCCCGUAGAGCUCGUAAGGCCCGCGCCCUUCUAGCCGCCGCGGAAGCCUCUAAGCCUGGGGAAGCCGGUGAAGUCCCUGACAUGCGCGAAACCCGCAUGGGCCGACUAAUCCGAGAAGCCCGUGCUCGCGAAGCUGCCCGCGAAGCUGCCAAAGCUCGCGAGGAAGCCGCCAGGGAAGCCACCAAAGCCCCUGACAAAGCUAUUAAGCCUGCUGCUGCUGAGGAACGUGAUAAAACCCUUAUGGUCUGUGAAGUCCAUGCUGCUGAAGCCGGAGAAGCCACUGAUGCUCGGGAAAGUCCCAAAGACUUUGCUGAGGCUACCACAGCCCAAGGAGAAGUUGCCAAGCCAGGGGCCACAGGUGGGACCUUUAUAGUUGCUGAGGCUGCCGGGGAAACCACCAGCGCCCAAGAAGUUGCCAGCGCCAGUGAUGACUACAACAUUGGUGAACCCUGUAAGCCUUGUGAAAUUAUCGAGAUCCGUGAAAUUCACAGGACCCACAUCAUCUGUGAGGUCCAAGAAGAUGGAGCAUCCGGAGGCCCCCAAACUAUUGAGGUAUGUGAAGUUGUUGAGGCCAGUGACAUUUUUAAGGCUUCUAAAAGGGAUGACAUCCAUGCGGCCACUGAAGCUGUUCGUGACACUGAGGUCCAUGACACCAGUGAGGCCGACAGAGUAAGUGAGACAGGGCAAACCAGUGUGUCCUGCGAAAUGACUGAUACCAGUGAAGCCACAAAAGUUAGUGAGUUCAGUGAAGAGCAGUUGGGGGCAAAGAGUAAGGUCAAGAAAAAAAAGAGGGGAAAGUCCAAGGCCAAGUCUGAAGUAGCUCAGUUUCCUACUGAGGAUGAUUUUGGCUCCAAAGACGUUAUCUGCCUCACUACUGGUUGGGAUGAUGAGUGGGUUCCAGAAAGCAGAUUACUUAAGUAUUCAGAAGCUAAUCUGCAGAAACAGAAGGAACUUUUUCAAGCUCAUCAGGAAAUGUAUGCAAAGAAAGAGAAAGGGGGAGCUUCAGGAAAGACCUCUGAGAGUCCAAAGAAAAAGCCUGUAGAGCGUGUUGAAACCCCUUCAGUAUCAACACAGGCAGAGAGUGGUGGGAGCAGAAGCAGAGAUGAGGCGAGCACCAGUGAUCAGCCACCUCGUUGGAGGAGAAAACCUCUAGAGAGCUCUGAGGGGGGUGGAGCACAGCAGCGCCAAGUGAGAAGGCAUGACUUUAAAAUCAAUAUUCCACAAGAGCUAAAACCGUGGCUUGUGAAUGACUGGAACUUGAUCACUGUUCAAAAGAAGCUGUUUUCUCUUCCUGCGAGGAAGAAUGUCGAGUCAAUUCUGGAGGACUAUGAACUCUAUGAAAAGACUUAUGCCACCACCGAAGACAAGAUCUACGCUGUGCCUGAAAUUGUAGCGGGGAUCAGAGCAUACUUCAACCUGAUGCUAAGUUCUCACUUGCUGUAUAAAUUUGAAAAGCCACAACAUGCUGCCAUUGUAGCAAGCAACCCUACUGUUCUGGUGUCACAGGUCUAUGGAGCACCACACCUCCUGAGAUUAUUUGUGAAAAUUGGAGACAUGCUGUCCUAUGCCUUCUUUGAUAGCCACAGCACCAAUUUAUUGUUGAGGUAUUUGCAUGACUUUGUGAAAUAUUUAGCAGACAACUCGGCAGCUUUGUUUAGCUCUGAUGAUUAUGAGCUUGCCUCUCCUGAAUAUCUACUGAAAGCCGCAGAGGAUGCUGAGCCGACCUCCACAGCUGGAUCUUCUAAGUAAAUAUAUAAGGUAUAUAUUCAGUGUAUUUUCUUGUAAACAUGUGUACAAUGGAAAAAGGCAUAGCAUUGUGUUAGGAGAAGAAAGCAAAAAAAUGAUAUUUUUGAUUUUUUUUUGGUAUUAUUUGGUGCAAAAAGUAAAAUUUCUGGUAUUUGUUUCUUUGUGCUUAUUAUUUAUUAUUAUUUAAAACAUGGUAAAAUAUUUGUGCCUUUAUUAUUUGAAACAUCCUAAAAUUGGUUUAUUUCUGAUAUUUGUUCUUUUUGCAUUAUUUAGAACAUGUAUUUCAAUAUUAGUUUCAUUUGUCUGGAACAAAAAGUAAGGCAGGGGAAGUAGUUCCAGUAAUUGUCCUUUUGUAUUGGAACAAAAGUAAUGAGGGAGGAGUCUAUUAUUUGUUCUUUUUGUAUUAUUUGGAACCAAACAUAGUGGGGGAGGGAGGGAAUUUCUGAAAUGGGUCCUUUUGCUACAUUAUUUUAAAUUUAUGGUUUGAUAUUUAUUUCUUUUUGUACUGAUAUUAGUUCCUUUUGUAUUAUUAAAAAAAGUAAAAGGGGGGAUUUUUGAGUUUUUUAUUACUUAUUUAUAUUAUAAUUAUUUUUAUCAAAGGUAACAGGGGAGGGAAGUUUGCUGACAUUGUUCUGUUUUGUAAUGCGGUCUGAUACUUUUGUAUUGUAUGGAACCAAAGUAAUGGGGGUGGGACUUGUGAUACUGGUUCCAUUUUGCAUUGAUUGAAAAAAAGUAGAGGGGGGAUAUUUGUGUUAUUUAUUUUUUUGUAUUUAAACCACAUAUGAAUAGUUCUUUUGUAUUGUAUGGAACCAAAGGUAAUGGGGAAGGGGGCAUUUCUGAUACUGGUUCCUUUUGUAUUAUUUGAAAAAAGUUAAAGGGGCCUAUUUGUGUUAUUUAUUCCUUUAUUAUUUAAAUUAUAUUGUUAAAUAUUUCUUUUGUAUUGUUUGGAACCAAAGGUAAUGGGGGAGGGGGGCAUUUCUGAUACUGGUUCCUUUGGUAUUGUUUGAAAAAAAAGUAAAAGGGGCCUGUUUGUGUUAUUUAUUCCUUUUGUAUUAUGUAGUAAAAUAUUUGUUUUGUAUUAUCUGGAACCAAAAGUUGUCAUUUCUGAUAUUUUUGUUCUAUUGUUUCGAAUGCAUACUUUGGCACUUAUUUCUUUUGCAUUGUUUGGAACCCAGAGUAAUGGGGGGAUUAUUUCUGAUAUUGGUUCCUUUUGAGUUGGGAACAAAAAGUAGAAAAGGGUAUUUCUGCUAAUGACUCUUUUAGUGUCAUUUGGAAUAAAAGGGGGAAAAGGAGUAUUCUGCCAUUUGCUCCUUUUGUAUCGUUUUGGCAUGAAAGGUAAAAAGAAGUAUUUCUGAUUUUUGUUCUCUAAGUAUUUUUUAAGAGAGAGACCGUAGGAGGAGAAGGAGGUGUAUUUGAUCCUCUCUUUUUUGUUACUGCUAGCAGUCUAUAAGAGUAAAGUCAGUAAUUUUUCACUUUUUGUUGACAAUGACAAAGAGACUUGAAUUUCUUUAGUACCCUUCCUUUGACAUUGAGCACUUGCAUAAGCUGUUAGUGGGACACCCCUAUUCCUAAUGGCAAAAGUUUAACUCAUUAGAUAUGAGGUCAAAAAAAGGCCUUUAUUUGUGUUCAUUUCUUUUUACCUUUCAUUUUCAAGGCUCAAUAUGUGACAAUGGUAUGUAUUCCAUGUAAUUUUGCUCCGGUUUUUGAAGAGUGACAAUUCGUGUUAUGUUUUUUUUAAAUGUGUUUCGAUUGUAUUGCUGGCCAACAUUAAGAAACUCAUUAUUAUAUGUCUUUGAUUUUCUUGGAAAUUUCAUUUUCACGGAGCUGUUCUCAGAGUCUCAAUAAACAUUUUCAAAC